AAUCAUUCCGUCUUUGUAAGAUCUCACGCCUGUGUUGCCUUUCCGGAACCACUUAUUAUUCCCUUUGGAAUAAAACACAGAGGAAGAAGGAAAAGUAACAUGGCGAUAGGCCCCCCAACAGGGGUGGUCGAGUUCAGGGGAAGAAUAAGAUGCUCCAUGCAGAUCAACCCUUCUGCGAUCACCUAGUUGCAGCCCAAGAAUGUUGGUAAGGAACCAUAUUUGCUCAACUCUCCUACUUGCUUUCCUGUUUCGAGUGGAAGUGGAUUGAGAAACCAUCCCGAAAGGAGACGACGAGCAAGAGGCUUCGUAUGGGUUGCUGGGAUACAGGGGUCUUGGGGAAGAAGGGGAAAAGAUGCAUCUUCUCCGCGUCAGAAGUUGUCUCCCCCUGGAAUUCGAUCGAUGGUAUCUUGCAGAAUUGGAAUAAGAUGGAGAACAAGGUCACAGUACCGAAUCCUGAUGUGGGCUUCCAAUGGAACGGGUUCUUUGCUAGCGUUGGGCAGAUGGGCAUGGACGUCGGAGGCCCUUCCAAUCCCAGGGAAGAUGUUAAAAGGCAGAUUCAGGCUGGGUUGCUAGAACCCGAGUCCUCGGGCUCGUCGUCGACGAACGCGGUUCUGGAACAUGGCCUUCGCAUGAUUGGAAUCAGAGAGAAGGAAGAGGAGGGGAAGGCGAAUGAUGGGGUGAAAGUGAAGAUCAAGAAACGGAAUGUGUUUAGAGUUACGAUUAGAAACGCUUCUUUGAGGAGAUUGAUCAGCGGGGCGGUGGCCGGAGCGGUUUCAAGGACGGCGGUGGCGCCACUGGAGACGAUAAGGACGCAUUUGAUGGUUGGUAGCAGUGGGAAUUCUACAACGGAGGUGUUUAGGAACAUAAUGGAGACCGAGGGUUGGAAGGGAUUGUUUAGGGGGAAUUUUGUCAAUGUCAUCCGGGUGGCGCCAAGUAAAGCAAUAGAAUUAUUUGCUUAUGACACAGUGAGAAAGCAUUUGUCCCCUAAACCAGGGGAGUCUCCAAGGGUUCCUGUUCCUGCUUCUUUGGUUGCUGGUGCGAUAGCCGGUAUUAGCUCCACUUUAUGUACAUACCCGCUGGAACUAGUGAAAACCCGUAUAACGAUUCAGAGAGGCAUCUACAACAACACGCUGCACGCAUUUCUGAAGAUUGUAGAAGAGGAAGGGCCUGGGGGACUUUAUAGAGGGCUGACCCCAAGCCUUAUUGGUGUAGUGCCAUAUGCUGCCACUAAUUACUUUGUUUAUGACACACUCAGAAAGGCUUACGGGAAAGUUUUCAAGACUGAAGAAAUAGGAAAUGUUGCAACUCUUCUUAUUGGGUCAGCUGCAGGUGCCAUUUCAAGCAGUGCUACUUUCCCACUUGAGGUUGCUAGAAAAAACAUGCAGGUUGGUGCUGUUAGUGGAAGGCAAGUCUACAGGAACAUGCUCCAUGCUUUAACAAGCAUAUUGGAAAAAGAAGGGAUUUCGGGGCUCUAUGUAGGGCUAGGUCCUAGUUGUAUGAAGUUGGUACCAGCAGCUGGCAUUUCCUUUAUGUGCUACGAGGCUUGCAAGAGAAUACUUGUUGAUAAGCAAGAUGAUGAAUGAUCCUCUUCAAGCAUCAUUCAAAUAAAUGUUCCUGCAAAAAGGCAAGGAGCCGGACAAAAGGAAGAUGCUCAGCAUGCUUCAUCUGGUGCUAAGUUUUUUAAUAUGAUCUUCCUUUUUCACCUAAA